AUGCCGACGCCAGACCAGAUCGACGGUGAACAGUCUUCUCCGGUUCAACCCGCCGAUCAAGAAAUACUCACCAAGAGAGAUUACAUCAACUUCAAUUCUCACCCCUCUCUCACCAAGAUUUUGCACAAACAAGGGGACCAGGAAGUUUUAUUUGCAGAUAAACUUUUGAAGUUUACUAGUUCAGGGAAGAUGAAAAGCCGCAUUCUUUUGAUUACGGAUUUUGCAAUUUACAUUGUUGACCCGGAGAUUGAUUCUCUUAAACGGAGGAUAGCACUUGCAGCUGUUGAUAAGAUCUGUAUAACUACUAGGAAAGCUUCUGAUUAUGAACUUGAGGUGGUUUCUUCCAAUAGGUUUGAGUAUAAUGCACAAUCUGACUUGGUUAAGGAGAUUGAAUUUGAGGAAGUUGAAGGGGGUGUCAAAACAAGAAUUUUGAGGAAGUGA